AUGUGCCCCUCAGACGAUGAAGGCGCAUCCGGAGGGGGACAAACAAGAGAUCACAAGACACACGAAGGUCAGGACCGAAGAGCAUCUGCGAUGGGAAGAGCCAGUGGUCUCGUGAACAACACUGCAAUAAGCCAGUUUCUAGAUACGAUUCCAUUAAUUGUAACCGCGGCAUAUAUUCACUCUGUCCCAUCGACAGCUCUAGGUCUGCUAGAUUUACUGGACUCGUUAAAGCAAUUGCCAGACGAGGAAGUUCAGCUUCAGUGUUCAGUGUUUGUGAAAUCACAAAUGGCGGAUGAGGACCACGCUCGAUGCCUUGGACUACAGUCUUCUUUUUCUCACUUUGCUGUCUUUCAAGCUUUAUUGGAUAAAGUGGAAGAUACUCCACUAUCUGCAUCAUUUUUAAUUGUGCUUCAAAACCUUAAUCAACUGGAACCAAAUGAUUCGAAAACGGAUUACGUUUGGAGCAUUCUAGAGGAAAUAACUGAAAGAGCUGUUAGUAACGCCAGCGCGUUAUUGAGGAAAUGGAUGCUCAUAGAAAGUCGUGAAAAUAUUUUGAAAUCCAAAACAACUCAAACGACUUUUUGUCUAUCUAUAGAAGAUACAAUAAUGCGUAGAAGAGAAGUAAAUAAAGAAGAAGGUAGUAUGAAGUCGUUUGGCUCUCUCGAUUCUGGCGUACCAGUGUCUAGAAGUCAAUCAUUUGCAAGCAGUUGUCCUCGAAGUCCUACAUCUAUCCAAGAUUCUGAACUCGAGAAGAAAGUUUGCGCUGAUAAAAAGGAAAAGGUUCAGCAGUCGGCACUUACGAAUGGUUUCUUUAAGAUAUUUGGAUUUCAUUUCUCAUCCACGCGAAGGUCUAGUGUAAAAUAUGAAACUACAAAAGACGCUUCUGAAAAGAAAAAGGAGGAAAAUGUUUGUUCAAAAAAUGAUAUGUCACAUUUCAGAUCCGAGUCACCGAUACCACAGAAUGAUCCUUCAGCAGACGAAGCUAAUAAGCAGAAAAGGACUUUCUCACUUCCAUUUUUUAAUAAAUCUAAAAAGUAUUCUUUGCACAGUUCACCUCCAACAGUAACUAUCCAAUCUCCGUCUCCAGAUAUACGAAACUCAAAGAACUGUAGAGAUGGUAUGACCAGUAUGGAAGUCAAAAGAACUCGCAAACAAUUUCAUUACUCGAAUGGAAAUCUGUGUGAUAGUUUCUCAGACACAUCUGGAGACGGGGACCUCUCUUCGACUUCUUCUGAAAAUAGUUCAGCAAGGCAGUAUUGUGAAAAUAAUGAUGCUAAUGAGGUGGCGAGAAGUGAUAAAGAACAGAAUGUGUCUGCGAGGGUAGGAGAUUCCAGAAAACCAGAAUUCCCAGUAUUGCAAAAACAACUUUAUAAAUCGGUUUCGAGCCUAUGCCAUUCUCCGUCUUCUGUACCUCCACCUCCUCCACCUCCACCUCCACCGCCUCCUCUGACACCGGUACUAGACUCACAAAUGAGACAAAAAUCUCACACUUCACUGGACCUUCCUCGAACGAAAGGCAUACGAUCAUCAUGGUCCGAAGGUCACUCGAAUAAACAAUUGAAAAAUUGGGAUAAGAGGACGAUGUACAACACUUUGCCUAGACCGAAAGCUAAAAUGAAAACUCUAAACUGGGCAAAAAUACCAAGUGCUCACGUAAAUGCUCACUCUAUAUGGAGCGAAAUAAACUGCGAAAAUCAGGAUCCAGAGCUGAAUUUUGAAGAAGUAGAAAGGCUUUUUUGCCAAGUUGAAUCAAUCAACAAGUCUCCUAAAAAUACACCCAAGAAUGGCAACGGACAGAAGAAGAACAGCACGGUAUCACUGCUGGACAGCAAACGAAGUUUAAGCAUAGGCAUAUUUCUUAAGCAAUUCAGAGGAGGCUUGGACGAAAUUUUAGGAUGUAUUAAAGAAUGCAGGCAUAAGGAAAUAGGAGCAGAAAAGCUAAGAGCUCUGCUGCAUUUAUUGCCGAAUGCUAAUGAA